AUGCGAGUUCUCCUUCUCCUUAUUUUCUGCACGAUAGUUUCUUCGUGGGUCAUCUACCGAAAGAAUCACAAAAAGAGACUAAUUUGUCGUGUAAGUUCUCUUUCUGGAAAUCACUCGUGAGCAUCUUCUUCAGGAAGAGACAGAAUGGACGAAUUCUACGGCCAACUACAUGACAAACUCGGCGGUUCGCACCGAAUCCGAUGAGGACGAUGACAGCUCUUCUUCCUCUUCGGAACGUCGCCGCCGGACAAGAACGAGGUCGAAGAGAGACAUCGAAGUGGAUCCCGUGCACAAAGAGCCAAUCAUUUACCUCGGAGUGAGACCCAACACUAGCCCUUUUCUAUAUAAUAUGAUCUUUAGACCUCAAGUAACUCUACAGUUUUCAUCGACGACGGAGAUUUCGACAUUGUAUCCGAUUCGCUGACGAAGGAAGAGCUCGAAAUGGUAACUGUUGCCCGGAAUAAAUCAGAAGAAAAUCAAAAGAUUUCAGGUCAAACAGCAGAUUAUGGACACUUGCAACGCCCUCAAUUCUUCCUGA